CCUGGCACGGGGGGCGGGCGCUGGGGCCGAGGGUAGCUUGAGCGCGGCGGCGGCGUUGUUCAGUCAGAGCGAGAACAUUCCAGAGGUCGCCAGGCCCCGGGCGCUGAAGGGUGUGGACCCCGGACGUCGCUGGGACUGCCCCUCCUCGCUGCUCGGCGGCGCCUGGCCCGGCCGCUCUCGCUGCGCUGCCUCCGCCGCCUCCGCCCCUCCUCGGACUCGGGUUCACACGCGCCUCACUUCAUCCCAGUCCCGGGCGAGCAGCGUUGGGUUUAUGUCUUUAUUUGACGAAAACGAGCUGUUGCGCAGCCAUUGGUACCUGUAUUGGGGAAACAUAGCAUACAAGCAAGAAGCUUACAGCCUCAGUGGCGAAAAUUUUUUCAUGUCAGAGACCGAGAACUCUUGCAGUCGUUUAUGUCAUCCCUUCUUCUCCAGACAGAAGAUACCAAAAAGUUGCAAUCAAAGAUCUCUUCAUCUUAUUGAUAAAGCUACUAAUAAGCCAAAAUGUCUGUCAACGUCAACCGCAGCGUGUCAGACCAGUUCUAUCGCUACAAGAUGCCCCGUCUGAUUGCCAAGGUUGAGGGCAAAGGAAAUGGAAUCAAGACAGUUAUAGUCAACAUGGUUGACGUUGCAAAGGCGCUUAAUCGGCCUCCAACGUAUCCCACCAAAUAUUUUGGUUGUGAGCUGGGAGCACAGACCCAGUUUGAUGUUAAGAAUGACCGUUACAUUGUCAAUGGAUCUCAUGAGGCGAAUAAGCUGCAAGACAUGUUGGAUGGAUUCAUUAAAAAAUUUGUUCUCUGUCCUGAGUGUGAGAAUCCUGAAACAGAUCUGCAUGUCAAUCCAAAGAAGCAAACAAUAGGUAAUUCUUGUAAAGCCUGUGGCUAUCGAGGCAUGCUUGACACGCAUCAUAAACUCUGCACAUUCAUUCUCAAAAACCCACCUGAGAAUAGUGACAGUGGUACAGGAAAGAAAGAAAAGGAAAAGAAAAAUAGAAAGGGCAAAGACAAGGAAAAUGGUUCCGUGUCCAGCAGUGAGACACCACCACCACCACCACCAAAUGAAAUCAGUGCUCCUCCACAUGCUGUGGAAGAAGAAGAGGAUGAUGAUUGGGGGGAAGAUACAACAGAGGAAGCUCAAAGGCGCAGAAUGGAUGAAAUCAGUGACCACGCAAAAGUUCUGACACUCAGUGAUGAUUUGGAAAGGACUGUUGAAGAGCGGGUCAAUAUCCUGUUUGAUUUUGUUAAGAAAAAGAAAGAAGAGGGUGUUAUUGACUCAUCUGACAAAGAAAUUGUUGCUGAAGCAGAAAGACUGGAUGUAAAAGCCAUGGGCCCUCUUGUUUUGACUGAAGUUCUUUUUAAUGAGAAGAUUAGAGAACAAAUUAAGAAAUACAGGCGCCAUUUCCUAAGAUUUUGUCACAACAACAAAAAAGCUCAACGGUACCUUCUUCAUGGAUUGGAGUGUGUGGUAGCAAUGCAUCAAGCUCAGCUUAUCUCCAAGAUUCCACAUAUCUUGAAGGAGAUGUAUGACGCAGACCUUUUGGAAGAAGAGGUCAUCAUCAGUUGGUCGGAAAAGGCCUCUAAGAAAUAUGUCUCAAAAGAACUUGCCAAAGAGAUUCGUGUCAAAGCAGAACCAUUUAUUAAAUGGUUGAAGGAAGCAGAAGAGGAAUCUUCUGGUGGUGAAGAAGAAGAUGAAGAUGAGAAUAUUGAGGUCGUGUAUUCGAAGACUGCCAGUGUACCGAAAGUUGAAGCUGUGAAGUCUGACAACAAGGAUGAUGACAUUGAUAUUGAUGCCAUUUAAAGGGGUGGGUGCAGCCCAGCUUAACUGUAAUGCUGCGAAUCUUUCUGCAUCAUCAGCCAGAAGUGCAACAUGUAUGUGCAAAAGCUAAAAUAGCUUAACAUCAUGCUACACUUUCUACUAAAAAUGUAUUGCUGUGAGUGGUCUGUAAUUAAGCCCAAUGAGACAUCUAGGGAGUCCAUACACAUAUCAGUGAGCAGAUAUAGUUUGCUUAUUUAUAGCAUGUUUCUUUUGAAAAAUUAGUGGUGGACACAUUUGGAUCACAUUUAUACAGUUAUGAAAAUAAAGAUUUGAUUUUGGUCAUUCUUCA